AUGACCACCACCCAUUCUGUUGUUCACGAAGCCAACGGAGUUGUUGCAAGACCAACCCCACAGCCUUUCUUUGAGAAGCAACCAGCUAAGUCUCUGUCCUCCAAGACCGAGUACGAAGCCAUGUACAAGCAGUCCAUUGAAGAUCCAGAGGGCUUCUUUGGGCCAAUGGCAAAAAAAUUCUUAUCUUGGGAUAGAGACUUCACCAAAGUCAAGUCUGGUACUUUAGAAAACGGUGACGCCGCCUGGUUCCUUGGCGGUGAGCUCAAUGCUUGUUACAACUGUGUCGACAGACACGCCUUCGCCACCCCAGACAAAACCGCCAUUAUCUUCGAAGCUGACGACGAAAGCGAAAGCAAAGAGAUCUCUUUCAGCGAGCUGUUGAAAGAAGUCUCCCAAGUCGCAGGUGUUCUGCAAUCCUGGGGUAUUCAAAAGGGUGACACCGUUGCCAUUUACUUGCCAAUGACCCCAGAAGCGAUCAUCGCCAUGCUUGCUUGUGCCAGGUUGGGUGCCGUUCACUCCGUCAUCUUUGCUGGUUUCUCUGCAGGCUCCAUCAAGGAGAGAGUCACCGACGCCAACUCAAAGGUCUUGAUCACCACCGAUGAAGGUAAGAGAGGUGGCAAGACAAUCAACAACAAGAAGAUUGUCGACGAAGCAUUGAAGGACUGUCCUUCAAUUGAAAAAGUCUUAGUUUACAAGAGAACCGGUAACUCUGCCAUUUCCAUGCAAGCAGGUAGAGACUUUUACUGGCAAGAUGUGGCUGCAGAAUUUAGAGGCUACCUUCCACCUGUUUCCGUCAACUCUGAAGACCCUCUCUUCAUGUUAUACACUUCCGGCUCCACUGGCGCUCCAAAGGGUGUUGUCCACUCCACUGGUGGUUACCUUUUGGGUGCAGCAAUGACCACUAGAUAUGUCUUUGACUUACAACCUGAGGAUGUCUUGUUCACUGCAGGUGAUGUUGGAUGGAUUACCGGUCACUCCUACGCUCUUUACGGUCCUUUGGCCUUGGGUGUCUCCACAAUCAUUUUUGAAGGUACCCCAGCUUAUCCAAACUUUGGUAGAUUCUGGAGAAUCAUCGAGAGAAACAAGGCAACCCAUUUCUAUGUUGCACCAACUGCCUUGAGAAUGUUGAAGAAAUCUGGUGAAGAUGAAAUUGCCAAGUACGACCUAUCUUCUUUGAGAACAUUAGGUUCUGUUGGUGAACCAAUUGCAUCUGAAAUCUGGCAAUGGUACGAUGAAAAGAUUGGACACGGUUGUUGCCAUAUUUCAGACACAUACUGGCAAACAGAGUCGGGUUCACACUUGAUUGCUCCAUUAGCUGGUGCAGUUCCAACUAAACCAGGUGCCGCCACUUUGCCAUUCUUUGGCAUUGAUGCCGUCAUCAUCGACCCAACUACUGGUAAGGUUUUGGAAGGCAACGAUGUCGAAGGUGUCUUGGCCGUAAAAUCUACAUGGCCUUCCAUGGCAAGAACGGUUUACAAGAACCACAAGAGAUUCAUGGAAACCUACUUGAAGCCAUACCCAGGCUACUACUUCACAGGUGAUGGUGCAGGUAGAGACCACGAUGGCUACUACUGGAUCAGAGGAAGAGUUGAUGACGUUGUUAACGUCUCUGGUCACAGAUUAUCUACUGCUGAAAUUGAAGCCGUACUAUUGGAAGAUUCCGCCAGAGUCAGUGAAGCUGCAGUCGUUGGUAUCAACGACGACAUCACUGGCCAAGCUGUCAUUGCAUUUGUUCAAUUAAAGGAUAACACAGUUGUCAAUGACGAUGCAACCUUACUCAAAUUAAGACAAGACUUGAGAUUGAGUAUCAGAGCAACUAUUGGUCCAUUCGCAGCACCAAAAACCAUCAUCAUUGUUGACGACUUGCCAAAGACCAGAUCUGGGAAGAUUGUUAGAAGAGUCUUGAGAAAGAUUGUCAGUGGUGAAGCCAAAGCGCUUGGUGACCAGAGUACAUUGGCAGAUCCAGAAUGCAUUCCCCAAAUCGUCGAAGCUGUUGAAAAGCAAUUUGGUGUCAAGAAUUAG